AAGGAGCCUAUCACAAGUCACGAAGAAGACAUCGCGGAGGACCAUGUGAGUGGCGCCUCCUACCCCUGCAAGGCUUGUUUUGUUCUGCACGGCUCAUCUUGCCAUAGCCUUUUUAGGGUUAAAACUCACUAAAGAGCGCAGAUCAUGUCUUUGAAAGAAGUUUCUAGCAAUAAGUGCUUUGGGGGGUUUCAGAAGGUGUUUGAACAUGACAGUGUGGAGCUGAAAUGCAAAAUGAAGUUUGGGGUUUAUCUGCCCCCAAAGGCAGAAACCAAGAAAUGCCCCGUGUUGUACUGGCUCUCAGGAUUAACAUGCACAGAACAAAAUUUCAUCACGAAAGCAGCCUUCCAUCAAGCUGCAGCUGAACAUGACCUGGUUGUGGUUGCUCCAGAUACCAGCCCGCGUGGAUGCAAUAUUAAAGGAGAAGACGAGAGCUGGGAUUUUGGCACGGGUGCUGGCUUUUAUGUGGAUGCCACUGAAGAACCGUGGAAAACCAAUUAUCGGAUGUAUUCUUACAUAAAGGAUGAGUUGCCUAAACUGAUAAAUGCCAAUUUUCCAGUUGACUCUGAGAGGAUGUCUAUUUCAGGACAUUCAAUGGGAGGUCAUGGAGCUCUCAUCCUUGCUUUGAAGAACCCUGGGAAAUAUAAAUCUGUUUCAGCGUUUGCUCCCAUCUGCAACCCUGUCCAGUGCCCAUGGGGGAAAAAAGCAUUCGGUGGAUAUCUUGGAUCAAAUGUCACUGCAUGGGAGGCAUAUGAUGCCACACACGUUGUGAAGUCCUACCAAGGAUCCCCUCUGGAUAUUCUGAUUGAUCAAGGCAAAGAUGACCAGUUCCUUUCGGCCGGGCAGUUGCUGCCUGAUAAUUUCAUUGCUGCCUGCACAGAGCGUAAAAUCCCAGUGGUCUUCAGAAUGCAGGAGGGCUACGAUCACAGUUACUACUUCAUAAUGACGUUCAUUAACGACCACGUCAGACACCAUGCAAAGUACCUCAAUGCUUGACUGAAUCCCUGCAGUAGGCAGCCUUUGACGACAUGAGACAAUUGAAGCUAUCAGUGGACAUCACCAGACAGAGUGAUUUACAUAAUUCAUGUCCUUUGACACGUCCUGAUUUUUGAGGGGGAGGAAAUUCUGUGAAUAAAUAUUUUGAAAACGUU